AUGCGCAAGCUGCAGUCGCGCGCGCGGCGCUUCACGUGGACGCAGUGGCUGAGCAGCCCGCGCGAGACGUCGUGGUGCCUGCUCGACCAGCUGGCCAUCUUCGCCUUCCCGGCGGCUUUCCUGCUCUUCAACGUGGUGUACUGGAGCACCUACCUGCAAUUCAUUCAACAUAAAAAAAUUGAAAUAGCUGUAACAGGUAAAUGACAAAUGAGGAUAACUGAUUCUGAACCAGAAGGCUGCAGCAAACUUCAAGCCCAGAUGACAAUAAAGAUUCGAAGAUAUUUCUUUCGACUCGUCUUGAGAUGAACUUGUCAGCAUGAUUAGCGAUGAUGACGAACUAGGUGACAUCGAUCCAAAGAGCUUUUGCAGCGUGAAUGGGGUUGUAAAGAGAGAAGAAUUGUAAAAAGAGAAGAGUCGAUAUGAUUAUUUUCAUGCUUUUAAAACUCAUAUAAUUGUUUUCUCAAUUUUUGUCUGACUGGGCUUAUUUCUAGAAUAGAAUCAUGGCUCUCAAAACCUACAAAAGUGGGUCCAAGGACACCAUUGAGAGGAAUUUAGGAAAGAUCAAGAACUUUGGAUCCGGUGUCGUUCGUGCUCUGGGAGGAUGCGCAAGACGUGCAGUUCUGCUGACUGUGCAGAAAACUUUAUCUGCUAUUAUUGUGCUACGCAAGUAACGAAGUCCAUAGCUAAGAAAAUAAUGUUUUUCUGUAAAAUUCGGAUGUUCCUUUUCAAAACAAUAAACUACGAUUUGUGU